UGUAUAUACAUAGCGGUUGAAAACUUAUAAACGUAUUUGCGAAGUAUACCUACGGCGUAAAACAUAACAUUAUUAUGUUUACUAUUAAUAUAAUUUAACGAAUACUCACGCCAUGUUGAAGAACGUUCUCGGAGUGAAACUGUCAAAUAACUUCAAACGAUUCAAAAUAAAUCCCCAAAAGACUGUCGACGUCGAGUCGAACACCUGUUACUUCCUCGACGUGCCCAACAUCCCAUCCGACUCGUUCCGAUCCGCUUCAAAUUUCCCGACAAUACUCGGCCAGUAUCUGUGUUUGAUACCGAUAUCCCAAGACCGUUUUCGAAUGUACAGCAUAAGGACCGUUCUGUCGGUGCUCGCGCUUGUAUGUCAAAUCAUCAUGACGUUUAUGAGCUUCUGUUGGAUGAAGGAGACCGGCGCCAACAUAUUCAACGGAGGUGUAGUUUUGUUCUUUGGUGGGUCAGCCGUCACUAUGGCGUUGCUCAUUAACUUGUCGACGAACUGGUGCAAUAUCCUAAACAAAUGGGAACAAGUGGAGGGGUACUUUGGCCACCAAAAGAAUUUGAAGAUGAAAUUCACUCUCAUAUCCAUCGUGUGUAUAAUUUUUUCGAUCGUGGAACAUUGGAGCUACUUGUUGACAGGUAUCAUUACGACGAAACGGGAGAAUUCUCACGAAGUGUUCGAAAUUUACGUCUUGAAAAUGUUCCCACAAGUAUUUACUGUAAUUAAAUACAACACAUGGAUAGCUGUGUUGGCUUUGGUCAUCAAUUCCGUGUCGACUCUCACCCUCUGUUUCUCGGACCAAAUCAUCAUCAUGGGCAGUUUAGCGUURGGAAAUUACUUUCAGAUAUUCAACGACCGCAUGAAAACACACAAAGGCAAGAAAUUAACGCCGGAUCAAUGGAAGACAUUGAGAGUGGACUACACGCGGCUGUGCAAUUUGACCAGAUUAUUGAACGACUGCUUUUGUCAUUUGCUGUGCGUGUCUUUGAUAAUACACGUGUACAUUAUAUGUGUAGAAUUGCACCUUGGCAUCUUGUAA